AGCACAAGUUUGCUGCUUGCUUACGCGGAGUCACAGUUACUGUUUGACUGGAACUAGCCUGACCCCUGGAACGCGGGAAAACCCACUCGUUGCUGACAGCCUGACGCCUGAAACCCAGCAGUUCUCAUGCCGGAGCUGCCGGAGGUAGAGGCGGCUAGAAGAGCCGUGGAGGAUAACUGUAUCGGUAAGAAGAUAAAGAAGGCUAUCAUAGCCGACGAUUCCAAAGUCAUCGAUGGAGUCUCCCGCUCGGAGUUCGAGGCUUCCCUCUUGGGCAAGACCAUCGUUGCAGCUCGCCGUAAGGGCAAGAACAUGUGGCUUGAGCUGGAUUCCCCACCAUUUCCUUCGUUCCAAUUCGGCAUGUCCGGUGCUAUAUACAUUAAAGGUGUUGCAGUUACAACGUAUAAAAGAUCUGCUGUAAAUGAUGAGGAUGAGUGGCCUUCCAAAUAUUCAAAAUUUUUCGUUGAGCUGGAUGAUGGCUUGGAGUUGUCCUUCACUGACAAAAGGCGGUUUGCUAGAGUUCGCCUUCUCAAUGAUCCAACAUCAGUGCCCCCCAUAUCUGAGCUUGGUCCUGAUGCACUUUUGGAGCCUAUGACACUUGAAGAAUUGACUGAGUCUUUGCAAAAGAAAAAAACUGAAAUCAAGGCUUUAUUACUGGAUCAAAGUUUUAUAUCAGGUAUUGGAAAUUGGGUUGCAGAUGAAGUUCUGUACCAAGCUAAGAUUCAUCCGAGGCAGACAGCUUCUAGCCUGUCCAAAGAAAACUGCUCAGCUUUGCACAAGUGCAUCAAAGAGGUGAUUCAAUAUGCGGUUGAACUUGAUGCUGAUUCUUGCCGUUUUCCCCUUGAAUGGUUAUUUCAUUUUCGGUGGGGCAAAAAGCCUGGAGAAAUAAAUGUUGAAGUUGGAGCUGAUAGUAGCCAGUAUCCUGCUGGUUGGAUAUUUCAUUCUCGUGAAAAGAAGCCGGGCAAGGCUUUUGUGGAUGGGAAAAAAAUUGACUUUAUUACAGCAGGAGGCAGGACGACUGCUUACGUCCCGGAGUUGCAAAAGCUAAGUGGGUCACAGGAUGUAAAAGAGGCCGGCAAACCUAAAAGGCGAACUUCAAAGAAAAACAAAGGUGAAGAUGAUGAUAAUGACGAUGACACUGAGAAACCUGCAAAAGAAGAGAAGAACGCGGGAAGUCAGAAAUCAAAAAAGGGAACAAAGGGUGGUGGUAAAGGUAGGAAUCAGUCCAAAAAGAAUAAAUCAAAGGAAAGUGAUGACGAAGAUGAUGACAAUGAUGAUGAAAAUGAUGAUAACGGUGAGACUGAUGCUGCUGCUGAUGACGAUGAUGAUGAAGCUGGAAAGAAGAAAGCAAACCCGUUGACAAAAAGUAAACAGGCCAAGGGAGAGAAGAAAUCAAACAAAAGAGCUCCUGCUAGUCAAAAUAGUAAGAAUGCUAAAAGGAAGGUUAAGUAGUAAGCAUGCUUUUGUUUUGCCGUCUGCCAUAAAAAUGCUGUGGAACAAUGGAAGGAUGGAUUAUGCUGUUCCUGUAACUAACUGGCUAUUAUUUCUGUCUUCAUAUGAUCAGCAGACCGACGCUGCUUCUGCCGAUCAUGACUGCUAUUAGUGUUUUGUCUUAAUGUUAUUAGAUCAAUGGAAGGGGAGGAUGCCUUCCGUUUUUGUAACUUCUGUUAAUGUAAAUGUUAAUUACUUUGUUAAUCCUCCGUUUGUGGGUUGAAAUUGUAAGUCCCAGUUUUAGAAGCGGUAAUGCUAUCCUUGUGUUUUAGAAAAUGUUUGGUAUGUAUGUGGGUUCGUCUUA